AUGAAUACCAUACAGGGCCCCAAGCGAAGACCAAACUACUCUCGCAUAGGUGACAGAUUGCAUGGACCAAGAAAGCAUACUCUAGUCUUCGAAUUGUUGGACUAUGCAACGACAAACCCAUGGUUUUCGUCACUGAGCCAAGAAGAUCAUCAUCCAGGAGUUGACUGCAUUGUAGCGCCAUUGCCAGGUAUUUUUUCGAUCACCUGUAAGUAUAGUGACGAAACCAAUACAACACAAUGCAGAGAGCGUACGUUGACGGGAGAGGUGGCCGAAGAUGAUAUUUCUCGUCCAACUAUCAGCCCACCGAAUUUACGACAAUAUCAUCAUCUUUGCGACGAAGAGUUAGAGACGAAGAAUAACAAGAAACUGCAGAACCUAGAAAAGACAAAGAAAAUCAAUAGAGCCAAGAUGAUCCCUGGUGGUCGUCACUGCAAACUUCAAGACAACGAUACCGUGCUUGAAAGAGGUAGCAAGAACAACCAACACGCCGGCAGCAAGAAACUACUUGGAAUGGUCAGAUCCCAGUGCCAACUCUACGAAAUUGCUCCAAAGAUCGAAAAGGGCAGGAUCAUUCAAGACAUUAUGAAAGGAUUCAAAUCAUCUGGUGGACGCUUUUUGAUUCGCGAAGACAAACGUUCCAAUUGGUACGAGGCCCUGGACAAGCCGGUUCACGACAAACUCGGGCAUAUGCUAAGGGAUCAAGCUCGUGCAAGGAAGAAGACAGGUAAGGAUAAAGGACCGCAGAAAGCGUCCAAGAUACCCGUCCCCGCAACAUUCUAG